AUAUACAGAAAUCAUAGCCAAUGAGUUCGACAGUUUGGCUAUUAUGUAAGGUCUAAUAACUAAAGGGUGGGAUUUGCUGGUUACCGUUUGGUUGAUUUUUACAGCUGUUUGUUUGUCUGUUGGUCGUUUAACGAAUUCAGCAACUGGUGGAUAUAAGAGUUUAAAGAAAUGUGGUUCUGAUGUGUGAUACAGACUUAUUGCCAUAUACGUUUAACUGUAUUUCAAUUAUAUACAGAUCUGGAUUGUUAAAAGUGUAGAUAUAUUAUUAUUUUUUUUAAUUAAAAUAGUAAUUUUGUUCUUGCAACUUUGCUUAAUUUGCUUUCGUGUAUAUGGUAUAUUGGUAUACUAGACAGUACAUAACUACAAUUAUAGUAAUCCAAAAAAACUUGUACAUACAUAUCGCAUUAUGGCUAGUAAAGAACUGAUGUUCGGAGAGUUUCAGUUGCCAGACUGUAAGCGAGACGGUGAAUCUGCACAAGUGUCUAGAAGCAGGUGCGUGCUUUUGGCAGAUAAAGAGAGCAACAAUUUCCAUGGCCCAGUAACACAUAAUAUGAAACUUCUAUUGAACGAGUUCAAAGGACUUUACGAGGAGAAGCUAAGGCGCCUUGAAGUUGAAUCAAGAGAUGAGAAUAAUGAAGAAGUGCUACGCAUGAAAGUAAGGAUCCUUCAUUCGUAUGUAAAUGAUUUGAGUGACCAAAACCAAGUUCUUGUUCAGACAGUUGAAGAUCUUGAAAAAGAAGCUAAUGAGAAAGUUUCAUAUUUGGAUGCAAAGCUUUUGAGAGCCAAGCAAACACUCAAUAAUUAUAAAACCAUUAUUUCAGAAAAAGAGAAAAUGGCAACAGGGCUGGCAAAAACUAAGGAGUCUUUACAACAUGAGAUAAGUGUUCUCAGCUCAAAGUGGGAAUGCACAGAAAAAGCUGCUGAAUGCCUACGUAGUGAGAAUUUGGACAUGAAGAUUGACAUUGCCACUCUUAUAGGAGCCAUGCAACAAGGGAGAAUAAUGCAGAAACUUGAUUUCUCCUCACUUACCCUAAGGACCGUUCCGAUUGAGUAUGUUGCGGGACCAACUGAUUGUCACUCAGACUCAGAAAUUCCUAAACCAGAAGCUAUUCUGAAUAAGCAUAUUGACAACCUAAAGUCCCAACUGGAUGCCAGGGACAGGGCUAUACAAGGUCUAAAAGAUGAACUAGAGAAAGCUUUGUAUGAAAGAGAUAAGAGUAUGGAUGAGGCUUCAGAAAGGAAUGAUGCACUCUCUGUGUUGCAAAGCAAGCUGCAAGCGCUACAGAAGUCUGAAUUAGCAAAAGUUGGACAGAUUGCAGAUAAAGAUAUCAUAAUUACAAAACUUCGUACAGAGUUGCAGUUUGCCCAGCAGGAUGGAAAUGCUAUUCAGAAUGAGCAGAAAAAGGUUAGUGAGUUACAGAAGGCAAUCGGAAAGCUAAAAGAAGAGAUGGCAGAAAAGGAUGCAGAUAACACUGUUUUUUUCAAGUCAAGCAAAAUUCUUGAAAAAAAAUCAGUGAUGCUGACAACAGAGCUUCAGAAAAGAGGAGACGAGCUACAGAGACAGCAGAAAGAAGUACUUUCCCUGCAACAGAAAAAAGAUGGACUCUUUGCUGAGUUUCAAACUCAGGAGCGCAGGAUUUUCCAGCUUCAGGAAUCACUGCAAAGUAGGGAUGUUGAGGCUGAGCAUUGGAAGGCUCAAAUCGCACAGCUGCAGAGUGAGCUGGAAGCUACCCGUAACUUAUAUAAGCAGGCCGCAUGUCAGCUUGAAGACCUAAAGCUUACCGUUCAGCAGCAGGGGCAGUCUUCACAGGACAAUCAGAAUAUGCUUACUGCUGAAUCUGCCCACUGGCAUGAUGCUUUUGUGGCUCUUAAAUCAGAUUUCAUAGAACUUGAAAAGAAGCAUCUUCAAGCUUUAGCUGAGAUCAACUACAAAGAGGAAGCGACAAAGAAACUCAAUGCAGAAUUUAUGAAAGCAACGGCCAAGCUGGAUGAUACCAAACAUGAGCUAGAGGGGGUGCAGGCAGAGCUUGUCGAAGCCAGUCGUGAGCGGGAUGCAUUACAGAUUGAGAUACAAACCAAAGUGGCCAUGGUGACAAAGAGUCUAACAGAAGAAUGUUCAAGAAAAACACAGGAGCAACAGCUGAAACUAAGGCAGAUAAAUGAGGAUCUGACUGGUUGUAAAGAGAGGUACACUUCUGCAAAAGAAGAGAUUUCUGCGCUCGAUCAAGCUAUUGUUGAUAAAAAUGAAGAGUUACAGCAACUUCAGCUUAAAUAUCAAGAGUCUCUAGAAGACAAUGGCCGGCUACAGACAAGGCUGGAAGCUCUAACUGUAACUGCUCAAAGUGAGCAGGAAGUUCUCAACAAUGAGAUAUGUUGUACUGAAGAUAUAAUCCAUAAACUGAGGAUGCAGCAGUUUGAGUAUGAUGAGAAGAUGACAUUAGCUGAGGGAAAGAUCCAUCAGCAGGACCAAAUGCUUGUAGAAUUGCAAAAGAAGUACCGGGUUGCAGUGGAUGAUGUUGAAAAAAAGGAUCAGUUAAUAUGCUACUUAGAGAAGCAGCUUGAACAAACUCAGCUGUCUGAUAAGGAAGCAGUAUUGGAGGUGAAUGAACGUGGAGAAACAAUAAGACAUUUACAACUAGAUAUGAACUCCUUGAAGGCAACACAAGAUUCUUUGAAGAGGACAGUGGCACUUAAAGAGCAUCUUAACAAUGAACUAUAUCAACAGUGUGAUAACAUGAAGCAAAUGCUUGAGGAAAUGCAAUAUAAGUUAAAGAACAGUGAAGAGCAAGUUAAUACCCUGGGUUUAGAAGUUGGCCUGCUGAAGUCCAGAUUACAGGAAAAGACAGAAAAAUCUCAGCAGCUGGAAGAUCAAAUUCUGAAACAGCAGGAGGCUCUAAGUAGGGCAAGUGAAACUCUGAAAGAUACAAGGAAAGCGGCUGGUAAUAAGAUACAUAAGAAAGAAAACAAACUUGGAAUACUGCAGAAGGAAUUAUUAGAAGCUCAAAACCAAUACACUGCAUGCUAUAAUGAGUUGCUCCAUAGGGAAAAUCUUACGCAGAAGCUGAAGGACGAGACUGUGCAGCUGACAGACCAAAUAAAGGCGCAAUCCCAGGACAUUAACAAGCUGAACAGUGAAAAGAAAAAACUUGAGCUGGAGUUGGCGGUUGUCAUGGAGAAACACAGAACGGCACAACAAGAGGUGAACAACAGAGAGCAAACCAUUUUGCAGCUAAAGACCAAUCUAAAAACUAUGGAGGAGAAAUACUUAGGCUCACAGGAAGAGCUGGGCCUUCAUGAGACUGAGGUCACCAGACUUAAUCAGAAGCUGAAAUGCCUGCAGAGUGAAGUACGUGAGCUGUGGGAUAAAUGUAGUGAAUGGGAGGAUCGUAUGAACCAAGCAGAAAAGGAGAACCAGCAACUCCAGCAUGAAAAUAAUAUAUAUGCACAGCAGAUUCAGAAUCAUAUUAAGACUAUUGAACAGCUGAACUCUGACCUUGAUGUCACAAAACAGUCUCACACUACUGAUUUGGAACGCUGGAACCAAAAAACAUCCCUUCUACAAAAACAACUGGAUUUAGCAAAUGAAGAGCAACAGGAAGCUAACAAUAAGGUGCAUGAGUCCAAAACUUCAGCAGCAAAGCUAAAAGAACAGCUGGAUAAAACAGAGCAGUUACUUGAGGAAGCUAUUGAAAAGGUUGAGCAAUAUGAAGCAUCGCUUAAAAAACAAAACUUAGAAAUUGCACAUUUGAGACAAUAUGCUGAAGACCUCCAAAAAAAAGUGGAUGCAAGCAACAACUUGACAAAGGCCUGUGAAUCAACUGCAGAUCUCUUCAAACACAAAUAUCAAUCUUGUAUGGAGAAAGUACAGGAACUAGAGGCACAUGUACAGAGUCUGGAGGAAGAAAUACAAAAUUAUAAUAACCAGAUCCAUGGAGUCAAUGAAACAGUCCACAACUUGAAAGCUGAAAUACUGAGCCUGCAACAUCGGUAUGAUGAAAAGUGUAAUCAGAUGGAGAAUUCGGAAGAGGCAAUUGACCAACUUACAGAAGAGUUACAGACAGCUCAGGAAAAUGUAAAGAACAGCAAUGAUCGUGUCUGUGACUGCGAAAGACUAAUACAGGAAUUAAAGGAAGAAGUGGAGCAUUUACACAAAGAGAUGUCAGAUCAAGAGAAUACAAUCCUUCGGCUUCAGUCUGAUUUAACAUCGUACCAAUCCAGUCAUGGUCAUUCCAAUGAGGAGUUUGAAGCCCAGCGUUCUCAUAUUGAACACCUGCAAAGGGAACUUGAAUCGGUGAGAAAACAAUGCCACGAAAAGACAGAGGAAUGUGAGAGAACCAUGCCGCAACUGAAGGCUGAAUCAGUUAGAGCGGCUGAACUUCAGAAAAAGUAUGCUCGUGAGAUUGAAAAACUUGAAUGUACACUGCAGUCUCUGCAUCUGGAUGUAGCUGCUUCUCAUCAGGACCACAAGUUGGCAAUUGUGCGGCUUGAACAAGAAAUUAAGCAACUUGAAUCAGACCUUACAGAAGCUAAAAAUGCAUGUUCCCAAAAGGAUCAAGCUAUACGCAAGAGAGAUGACCUUCUGAAAAAGUCAGAGAGCGACCUUCUUCAGGCAAGUGAAAGUAUCAAAAGCAAAGUGUCCGAGAUAGAACACCUUGAUAGUGUGGUCAAGAACUUCAAAGCCGAUAUCCAGGGUAUGCAGAAAGACAAAAGGCAAAAAGAACAGGAAAACAUAACUUUAAAGACUGAGAUCCAUCAGCUUAACCAGGAGCUGCAAGAGGUUCAUAAGCAGUAUAGAGAGACAGCUGAGAAGUUUCUUUUAAUGGAAUCCAGCUUAAAAGCAACACAAGAACAGCUAACUGAGAGAGUGGCAGAAACCGUUCGCCAGGAGCAGAUGACUCGAAAGCUGCAGACUGAGCUUAAGACCAUGAAAGAACGUGUUUCAACUGCAGAAGAAGAAGUAACUGAGUACAAGCAAGUGGUUGAAACACUUAAAAUGGAUCUAAACACAGUAAAGAACAACCACCAGCAAGCUCUUCAGGAAACGGUGAAAUACCAGCAGACAAGUCAUAAAAUGGAGGUGGAGAUCACUAGUGCAAGAGAUCAAGUGAGGACCUUAAAACAGCAGCUCCAGCAACAAGAGGAGCUAGUGAGGUGUUUGAGGGAAGAGCUUGAUCAGGAACAAAACCGAUAUCAGGAUCAGCAAAAACAGCUCAACAGAUUAAAACUUCACAUUACUGAGAUGGAAACAGAGGUGGAACAGUUAAGAAUAAGACAGAAAAAUGAUACUCACACGGUGAACCGUUAUGAAGAGACAUUGGCAAAACAGCGUGCAGAGCUGAAAGAGGCCAUAGAAUCAUACAAAAUGUGCAACAGAAAUCUUAUGGCUGCAGAACAAAAUAUUCAUGAACUUAAAUUAGAGAUAUCCCUGAUAAAGGCAAGCCACAAAGAAGCUGAGGACAAGUUGAAUGAAAGUCUCAAAUUGGUGGCUAUUCUUAAUACAAACCUCACCAACACUCAACAGGAAAAUGAAAAAUUAAAAGAAGACAUUUUUGCUAAUGAAAUGAAGAUGAAACAUCUUAAUUCAGAAGUUAAGAAAGUGAAUGAACUCCAUAAACAGACAGAAGUAGAGGCAGAGAAUCUGAGAAGUGGUCAGAUUAUUUUAAAACAAAAAUGGGAUGCCUCAAAGACAGAGCUGGAAACUGUGCACCAGGCUCUGGAAGCUUCAAGAAUGGACAACAGUCGCCUCCGUCAGGAAAGUGAGUUAGUGGUUGCAAAUGUGAAUCGCUGGAUCAAAGAACAAAAAAUCGCCAGUGAUAACUUGGGUGCAAAGAUAAAGGAACAAAACAAACUCCUGGCCAUUGUCAGUGCUGAAAAAGAUCAUUUGGAAGAAACCAAAGAAGCCCUGGAAAGUGAACUUAAGAACUUGAAAGCUGAAAUGGAAGAAAAUAAAGUAGAAAAGGAACGUCUGAAGACACAACAGAAUCAUUCUGCUAGUCAGCAAGUACUUCUUAAUCAGCUUCGAGAUCGUCUUGAAUUACAGCAGCGUGAACAGGAGAGCAUCAUGGCACAGAAGCUGUCCACUGUUGAAGAAAUGCACAGCCGGUUAAAGACCAAUAUUGAAUCAAUUCACCUGCUUAAUCAACAGCUUAACACGCUGAGUAAAGAGAAUUUACAUCAGAGGAAACUAUUGGAGAAAGAACAAGCUAAACGUAAACAGCUUGAGCGGCAGUUAAAGACCAGUGAUCAGAUCUCUUUCUCCCCUAGGGCCCCACUAGAAACGAGACAAGAGCAGGAACAUCAUCUUAGCCAGCUUGAGCCCCCCUAUCAGGAGGCAAGGUCCUCUGACCCAGAUGCCAUUUCACAUUUAUACCAUGUGCUUGAAAAAGAGCCCUUCAGGGCCUCUGAAAGAGAAAGAACAGAAACUUUAACAAGAAGAGAUCUUGAAGAACCGUGGAUAAGAGACUCACCAGAUAAAUCAUACUGGAUCCAGCGAGUUGGAGAGCUCUCUGCACAGCUGCAAGAAAGCACUGAAUACUGGUCAGAAAAAAUGAACGAGCUAACCAUGGAAAUAGAACAAGCACAUGCUGGUUCAGCAAAGAAAUAAACCAUUCUGUCAGCAAGAACAUAAUAUGAUGUACAUUUUGUAAAUUUAUUUUUUUGAGCCAAUAAAAUAAUUAACCAAAAGAUUAAAAGGACAAUAAAAAGCAGUUAGCUCAUUUAUUAGCAAAUAUAUUAUGAACAUCAUUCCAAAACACUUUCCUCAGGAUUCCUACACAACUAAAAACAAUUACAUUAAAACUAUUUUAAGAGAAAGGGAUCCAAUGAGCCAGCAAUGCACACAACUGCUUAUUUUUAUACACAUGCAUUGAGGGAAAAAAAUAAAAUGUAUUGUCAAUUAUUUUUUGCUUCCUCAUCAAAGAAGCAGUCAAAGAGCCUAUCCUCAUUGAAAAGCCUGAUAUAAUUCAAUCAUUUUCUGUUGUGUUUUUUUUGUUGUUGUUUUUUUUAAUUUCAAAUUUCCCAAUACAAUUUAUUCUCCAUUUUAAAAAAAAUUAAAAAUCUUGUUGUAUAUGUGUGCUUAGUUUGAAAUAUGGUUUUAAAAAAGUAUGUUUAUCAGUGUAGUCAUUGGUCAGCAGCAUCUGUUAUUAUUAUUAUUAUUAUUAUUAUUAUUAUUAUUAUUAUUAUUAUUAUUAUUAUAUAUAUAUUACCGUGCCCAUAUGGAGUCUACAGGAAAUUAGCUGUCAUCCUUAUCCAGCGAUCCCAUGUUCUCAUAAAUAAAAAAAGGAAUGAAUCACCUUGUACUGUAUGUUUGUCGUGCAUGCUGAUAAUGCCAUUU